AGGGAAUGCUGGCGGUGAUAUCCACUCGGUUAAAGUUAUUAGCCAAUCAGAGAAGGGCUUCCAUGAAUCACAGUUUUAUACUUUAAUUUCAAGGCAUGUUUUGAUCUGAUUCUCUACCGGCGACAUCACAUCAAAAUGUUCUCCCAAACGACCACCAAUCAAGUCACAAUCAGGGGUGUGUAGACUUUAUAUAUACUCACUGCAACUCAAAGUCCCCUUUGGAAAAGGAUUUAGCAUAAGGCAUCAACAAUUGAGACAGAUCGCUGUGGUAGUGAUAAUUAGCCGCGAGGAUUGUGAAACAAUGAAGUUAUGAAAUUGAAUCAACAUGCGGUGAAAUAAACCUGUCAGUCAGCUCUGUAAACACCUCCACACCCUAAAAUAAAAUAAAAACAACACUCGUUUGUUUUGUUGAGAGACAUGACACACACCCAGAAAUGCGUCACCACCAAUUGACCCCUCGGUACAGGGCACUUAACCACGCCUCCUGAAGUGACGUCACGCCACGUGCGCUGACGUCAGACAAACAAUUGGGAAAAAUAUCGGCGCAGCAAGAAAGGAAUAGAGCGAAACUGUCCGAUUUUCCUGGCUGAUUUCUCACUCGCAUUCUUAGCUAAGAGUGAAAUAUCGUUGAAAAGCAGACAGCAGGGCUUCAAGUAUUUCAGCGAGGGGUAUUUCAAAGAACCCAAAUACGAGAUAAAACGCCAACAGAAGCUAUACUGGACCAUCCAGCCAGCGUUGUCUGAGAUUUGAGUCCGAGAUUAUGCAGACCUCUGGCCUCUGAUUGGUCAGUGACGCGGAUUGCGCAACAUCCACGGAGGGGUCAAUUGUUGGUUUAAAGGUCUAAUCCAUAGGAAAUGUAUUUUAUUUGUCUUCUAUACAAAUGUAGUUAAAAUUUCAUUUAAAAAAAUAUUUGAAAAAUUCUCAACACAACAGAAAUGAAAUAAAUUGAUGAAAAUGAUGAAGACCUUUUUAUGGAAUGCUCUCCGGAAGAGAUGGGAACUGAAGAGGAGAAAUUUUCCUAUUCUUCUUGUUCGAAAAACAUCCCACACGGGUGUAAUUCGGUCUGAGCGUCGAAUUCAACACAAAGACGGGAUUCGGCGAGACCUGACGAAGUUGACGCGGAACUUCGCGCCCAAAACACAGACCGUGUAGAAUGAAGGAUUGUGAGAGACGACUACGAAUGAGUGAAGUGCACAAAUGGGCUCCUUGGAAGUGGGUGGGCACGCAAACCGAACGACGCGCCCAUUGCGGAAGGCUUUCCUAUCCUUGUUUUUUUUUUUUUUCUUUUCCGUUUGGGGAGGAAAAGCGACGGAGCUUUUUUUUUUUUUUUUUCUCAAUUUCGGAUCAUGCCGAACACAGUGAAGAGCCUUAAAGUGACUUACAGCGAUGUCAGCGAGAAAGGCACGUUUACCAGCGGCGACGCCGUGACGGGCCAAGUGGUUCUGGAAGUGGCCAAAGAGUGCAAAGCGGAGGCGCUCUACGUGAAAUUCAAGGGCAAAGCGGAGGUUGAUUGGACCGAAAGGCACGGCCAGACCACCGUCACGUACCACUCCAAGGACAAGUACUUCAGCAUCAAACAUUACUUUAUUCAGGAUGGAAACGGCGCCAGAUCAGGUCAGUCACUUCUGAUGAACCAGAAUGGGAAAAAAUAUAGCAAUUUACUUGCCCCAGGAUCUCACGUGUUCCCCUUCUCCUUUCAGUUCCCUUUGCAGGAGAUGCCGUCCUCCUUUACCGGUUCGGCUGGUAAAAUUGUGUACCUGCUGGAAACCAAGCUAACCAGAUCCAUGAGGAUACGUACAAAAGACACCAUCAAGAUUCCGUUUGUGACACGAGCAACUCCCAACGUGUUGGCGGAACUGACUACACCGCAGCACGACUCGAAGGAUAAAAAAAUGCAUCUGUUCAACUCUGGAACUGUCGCGAUGGAUGUCACGAUUGAAAAAUCUGCUUUCUUCCAAGGCGAGGGCAUGAAGGUUUUGGCCUCCAUUCAGAACAACUCCAAUCGUGCAAUCAAACCCAAGUACUGCAUCUACCGGAAGCACAGCUUCUUCGCGAAAGGGAAGAGGCGGCUUGACACCAAAGACCUCUGGAAAGAGGUGGGCGAGCCCAUCCCUCCGUCAACCAACGUGCCAGUCCAAAGGGUCAUCGAAAUCCCUCCUGAUUUGGAACCCUCCAUCCUCAACUGUAAAAUACUCAAAGCAGAGUACAGACUCAGAUUUUAUUUGGACGUGAAAUUCGCUUCAGACCCAGAGAUCAAAUUUCCCAUCACCAUCCUUCCGGCCGCCGCCGCAGCGAAUCUGCCCUCUGCUCCUGCCGCGUUUCAGUUUGGAUCGUUCGGAUACCAGAACCCGCCAGUCCCGGGUGCGUUCUCUCCGCCACAACCUUUCAAUCCCCCGCCGCCGCCCUAUGAAGCCUACGGAAUGUACCCAACCGUGAUGGACUUUGGUGGUAAACGUUGAGCGGUCAUGAAGUUCCUGACGUUUGUGUACACCACGGCUACCCAUUUUUUAUUUCAAAUGUUAACCUAUUACAAUUCAUUCAUGUUAUUCUUCUCGAUAUAGUUGAAGGGGUGUCAGAAAAGUUCCAGUUGCUCUCAUUUAUUGACCGAAUUACGUGUGAUAAGUGACGACAAACAUUCCAGCAAAAUAUGAGAUUUACCAAGUUGUACGCGUGCAACAUGAAAUCUGGAGCGUGAACGGUGAACCUGCAAUCAAAAAGCGAGCCGGUGCUAAAAGAUCCGGUUUCCCCGCUGGUGCAGCUUUAGCGAUCAUGCCUUUUGAAAAGUUAAACAUUUCACAUCAAACGCUUGUGUGGAGAAAACGUUUUUUUUUUUUAAAUUUCCAUCCUCCAAGCGAGAGAAUACGGUGGCUGUACAGUCACCGUUAGAAAGGGAGCUAAAGAGCUGGUGCACAUAUGCCAUAAAGUCACGUGACUUUUGUUUACGUCCCCAUAUUGCCGGUCAAGCAAAGCAUUUUUCAAUGCUAAGUCCGUCGAGACGAAACGAAAAUACGGCUCCCAGAGUUUUGUCCGAGACCGUUAAACAUUUAGAAGGUGAUGAUAAACGACGGUACGUGGAAAAAUUAGAGACGCUUGGCAUAGAUUACCCAUAUUAAUGCCGAAGUCGAUGUUUUCGCUGAUAAGACUGUUAACCCGCUUCGGCUUGUCUUGGACAACUGGAUCCACACAUGGAUCUGGUGAGUCAGUCGUCGAGAUUUACACGGAAGAGUUGGAAAGCGUAGAAAGGUCCGGACGCAUACAAAUACUUCGUUGCUGGAUCUGUUCUCAAUCAGUAAUAAAUCCCAGUGAUGGAGCCACUCAGAUUUUUUUCAAUACUAAUACCAAUAUUUAAAUAAAUGACCCCUGGUUUUACACAAACUCGCAUUCAUUAACUAUGAUUGGGGAAAAAAAAAGACAGCAAGUCGACUCCUCCGUACACGAAGCGUGUUCUGGCCACACGUUAAACUUUGGUAAACCUCUCCGUGAAAGACUUUUUUUUUUUUUUUUUUUU